AGGGCGGGUACCCAUGGGUCUUAGGCUGCGCGUGUCCCUUCCUAGGUGCAGGCAGCACCAUCCGGAUGAAGGGAGUCGACUCUGUCGCCGCUUGUUUUGUUAUUGCAAAGGAGCCGGCCGGGGAGUUUUAUUUUAAUUUCUUUUAAGUGAUCUGUGUUGUGUUGAACGACACAUCGACGUGCACGCGGUGGACCAAAUGGGGAAAAUAAGUUGACUGAUCGCUCCUAGGAGAGUUUGUUUUCCACGCUCCCGAAGAGAAAGAUUGCUAGUUUUGAUAAAAAUUCGCUAGGGCUUCUGGAAAUAAGCGAUACAGGAACGUGGUCAUUUCUAAAGCAAGGAAACGAGCGACCUAAAUUUCAACCAACCUCGGACUGGUGGAGCUGUGGUGGCGAUAAUAACAACGACAACAACCACUACGAGAGGAACAUCAUCAUCAUCCUCGCGCAUUCGGGUUGUGUGGCCCAAACAGUUGCGGUGCUUCAUCUUCGUAUUUACUCCAAGCGAAACAUUUUCACUUUCAGCGUCGCUAGAAGGCUGAAAAUAAGCACCCAGCUGGUCAGGCUACUGUAUGAGCCGAAAACGACCAAUACCAUCGGAACUUCUGCAAACUGAAUGCUGCACGGGUCGGGUCGAGGCAGCGACGAUGCUGGAUUUCACAAAAUCGCAACCAUGAGGAAAUUUAAAAGAUGAAUACCUCGUUUCCUAUGUGAUAUAUUUACCUUUGGUUGUAAAAGAAAAGUGGGGAAUUCUCCGACUUUUCGCGAGUGGAGAGGGGAUCACCACCUGCAACAUGAGGGAGGCGUAGGGCCGCUGAGUGUUUAUUUAUUGUGGGGGGAGCGGGGUUUGAUGUCGCAACCACAUUAUUUUAAUUUUCUUUUAAGUCAGUGCGAAUCUUACAUUUGCGUUAUUGCGCUUGCGACAACGGCGUUUGAACUAGGCCUACGAUAUCAAACGGGAGGAAACUGGUGUCAGCCACAAGAAGUAGGUCAGAUCUUUUAAAUGAUACCACCGGAGUAUCAGUGAGAGUAAGCGUUACUCUCCUGUAGUUAUGGCAGUCGGUGUCUUUAUUUGAUUUAUUUUCCACUAUUUUUUUUAUUUUUUAUUUAUUUUUUUGUUUAGCCUACUGGAGUGUCAGGUUUGCCGUAGCCCGAUGACCGUUUGGCAGCCACCUGCCCAAGCCCUAGGACCCUCAUCCAUCUCUUUUUCACUCUUUUUUAGAUCUUGGGAGGAGUUGCCUUUUUUAACGAAUAUAUAGGCUAUAGUCUAUAUAUAGGCUAUUGUUCGUCUUCCUGGUUUUCUUCUAUAGUUCUUUAUUUUGCUAACUGUUGUGGAGUUAAUGGCUCUGUGCGAAACUACGGCCACCAACGCCGCAAAAAUGAUGGCUGCGUACAACGGGGGCGCUUCAACGGUGGCGGCACAUCAUCCGCACCACCAUCACCAGUUAGCACAUCUCCCGCCUCCUCACCUCCAUCACCACCAUCACCCAGGCCAACAUCACCUGCAGCACCCCGGCUCGGCCGCCGCCGUCCACCCGGUCCAGCAGCACGCGUCCACGGCCGCAGCUGCCGCCGCCGCCGCCGCUGCGGCGGUGAUGCUGAACCCGAGCCAGCAGCAGCCGUACUUCCCCUCGCCGGCACCCGGACAAGCCCCCGGGCCCGCGGCCGCUGCAGCGCCGGCCCAAGUUCAAGCAGCGGCGGUCAAAGCCCACCACCAACACUCGCAUCACUUACAGCAACAGCUGGACAUCGAGCCCGACAGGCCCAUCGGAUACGGGGCAUUCGGAGUGGUCUGGUCAGUGACGGAUCCGCGGGAUGGCAAGCGGGUGGCCCUCAAAAAGAUGCCCAACGUCUUCCAGAACCUCGUCUCCUGCUAAGAGGGACACUGUGGAGCUGAGAUGCUCUGCUUCUUCUCCUCACAGGUUCUCUCCGCCCUGGACAUCCUGCAGCCCCCGCACAUCGACUACUUUGAGGAAAUCUAUGUGGUGACAGAGCUGAUGCAGAGCGACCUUCACAAGAUCAUCGUGUCCCCCCAGCCCCUCAGCUCCGACCACGUCAAAGUGUUCCUCUACCAGAUACUGAGAGGGCUGAAGUACCUGCACUCUGCCGGAAUUCUGCACCGCGACAUCAAACCUGGAUCUCGUCAACGCAAUGCGCUCUGCGUACUCAGAAUCUGCGACUUCGGGCUGGCCAGAGUGGAGGAGCCGGACGAGUCGCGUCACAUGACCCAGGAGGUGGUGACGCAGUACUACCGCGCCCCGGAGAUCCUGAUGGGCAGCCGCCAUUACUCCAACGCCAUCGACGUCUGGUCCGUGGGCUGCAUCUUCGCCGAGCUGCUGGGCCGGAGGAUCCUCUUCCAGGCCCUGAGCCCCAUCCAGCAGCUGGAUCUGAUCACCGACCUGCUGGGGACCCCCUCUCUGGAGGCCAUGAGGACGGCAUGCGAGGGAGCCAGAGCCCACAUUCUCAGGGGACCCCACAAACAGCCCUCGCUUCCUGUCCUGUACACGUUGUCCAGCCAGGCCACUCACGAAGCCGUGCACCUCCUCUGCCGGAUGCUGGUGUUCGACCCGUCGAAGCGGAUUUCGGCGAAGGACGCGCUGGCCCACCCGUACCUGGACGAGGGGCGGCUGCGGUACCACACCUGCAUGUGCAAGUGCUGCUACACCACCUCGUCCGGGCGCGUCUACACCAGCGACUUCGAGCCCGUCACCAACCCCAAGUUCGACGACGGCUUCGAGAAGAACCUCACGUCCGUGCGGCAAGUGAAGGAGAUCAUUCACCAGUUCAUCCUGGAGCAGCAGAAGGGGAACAGAGUGCCCCUCUGCAUCAACCCCCAAUCCGCUGCCUUCAAGAGCUUCAUCAGCUCCACAGUGGCCCAGCCGUCAGAGAUGCCCCCCUCCCCUCUGGUAUGGGAGUGACCAGCGGAAGCCACGCCCUCCUGCCCCCGCAAUAGGCGGGACCAGCGGAGGCCACACACCCCCCCUUCCCUCUGGUUGUGGGCGGGACCAGUGGAGGCCACACCCCCCCUCCCCCUCUGGUGUGGGAGGGACCAUCGGAGGCCACACCCUCCUGACCUGCCUGCCAACCGGCGCUCCUGACUACUGAAGGCUCAGCUUCCGAAGCGGGGGGGGGAAACAAGGACUACGUAGCAUGUCACUGGAGUCUAGGACUAGCAACGUUCGAUUGUGUGUGUACUGUAAUCUUAACUAAUGAAGUUUUCAAGAACCAACCACUGCUGUAACGGGGUUGGGUGGGGUUAGGUGAGGUGGGGUGGGGUGGGGAGGGAGGGGGAGGGGGGUGCUUCCUUGUCUUCACACGCAGUUCUGCUGACGGGCGUCGAAGUGUGAAAACGUACGUACGCGUGUUAGGGUUAGGUGUAGGCGCUGGGCCCAGCAGCACCUGGCGCACCUGAAUGUAUCCGUGUGGGCGGGGCUGUCCCUGAAGGUCUUUGGUCCCGCCCCUGUACACCUGCCGCGCCCCAUCUCAGCUGCCACCGUGGAGCGGGGGGGGCUUAGGGCUUAAUGUGUAGAGCAGGCCAGGUGGCAUUUUAUUUAUUUGUCGUUUACCAUUACGCAGAAUAGUGCGCGUUAUUCUGUAGUCUCUCCCUCUCCCUCUCCCUCCCUCCCUCCCUCCCUCCUUCCCCUCUCUCUCUCCCUCCCUCCUUCCCCUCUGUCUCUCUCUCUCUCUCCCUCUCCUUAGCCUAAGUAUUUGUUGACAGUGUGCGCCCGCCCAGUCUGGGUGAUUGACGAGCCUGAGCUCCGCCUCCCCCUCCCGAGCAGUUCCAGAGCUGAGGGUGCAGGCGCUGGGCUGUCACGUCAGCGUGGGGCUCCUGUGGCCCGGGCGCGAGCGCUCAGCCAGGAUAUGGGGGCCCGCAUGGGCUGCGGCAGAGCGUGUCAUUUCCUUUCUCAGGGUCCGAGGGGAGAACGUUGCCCUAACGAGGACAGGCUGAGGGCUAGGGGCUGUUGGGGCGGGUGCUAGGGGACAGAGGCCCUUUUUUUUUUUUUAAGUCUGUCAAACUGAGCCUGUCUGAGAGUUGGCCAUUUGUGUAACUGGCUGUUUGCGCUGUUGGAAACAGCGCCCCCUCUGUGUGUGGAGGCCGCAGCGCACCCAUACGCAAAAGGUCAGUUUACCACACUUGAGACUGACCUUCACCGAUGAUGAACUGAACCAAAAGAAUUUAUUCUAAUGAAUUGAAUGAUUUUUUUCGUAAAAAGGAGGAGGCGGAGGAUUGUGAGGACUGCUUCAGGGUUCACGACGCUGAGCCGUUUCCUUGGUUGCGUAAUUUAUUUCCGAAAACUUGACUGAAGGUUCUGAAGAGGAGUUUGGUCUCCGCGCGACGGCCGCGGUGCACAGCUGGUGUCACAGGACGUGUUGUAAUCGCGCCGGUGUUGCGUUGUUUCCGGUCCCCCCCGCUCCCCAAUCGUGUGCAGGGGCCGGGGCUGCGCAGUGUGUGCAUUUGAAGGCAAAAUAAUUGGAAACGUCAAGCAGUUCAGCAUACUGCAUGCUUCCAUAGCGCAAUGACCUGGUCUGCGUGUACGCUCGAACGCUGAUGUGCACACACACACACACACACACACACACACACACACACACACUCUCGCUCACUCUCUCACACACACACACACACACACUCUCGUUCACUCUCUCACACACACA